CUUACCACCACACGAUCCGAUUUGGACCGUCAUACCGUCGCGCUGCCGACGUUGCGUCGACCAUCCGUGUGCCCGGUGCAUAUGCGUGACAUUUCGUGUCAGCGUUCAGCGUUUCAGCGAGAACGUUCCUAUUCGGCGAGUCAACGUAUAAAUUGUACGCCACCGGCUAUAGAAGAUUUUCCACACGACUUGUUUGAUGAAGAGCAAAGACAAGGCGGUGCCGUUGUUGUACACGUCAUCGUGUCGCUUUAUUUAUUUAUCGCUUUAGCAGUAGUAUGCGAUAAAUUCUUCGUACCUGCUGUAGAAAAAAUAUGUCACGCACUCUCGAUGUCAAAAGACGUAGCCGGUGCGACGUUUAUGGCGGCGGCGACGUCGGCCCCAGAAUUAUUCGUGAAUGCCAUCGGAACAUUCAUCACGGAAGGUGACAUUGGCGUCGGGACGAUAGUAGGUUCCGCAGUAUUCAACAUCCUGGCUGUCCCAGCUUGCUGCGGCAUCGGUGCGGGAAUGUUGGUGCCUUUAGAUUGGUGGCCUGUCAGUAGAGAUUGUCUCGCUUACGGUGUCACAGUCGCAAUUUUGAUAUGCAUUAUACACGACGAGCGGGUGGAAUGGUACGAAGCAUUAACAUUGGUGCUGUUGUACAUUGUUUAUAUUGCCGUGAUGUAUUGGGAUAAAUCGUUCCAGCGGUGUACAAGAUUCCGUACGAACGACGAUCAAAUAUCUUCAGACGGCCCACGAGUUACAACAGAUUCUAGCGACAUUCACUUACCAAGAACGGACAAAUUACAAUCUCCUGGCGAUCGUGUGGAACAGAUAGCCACUAUCGACGUUCCGCUACAAAAUGGUGGGACGAAAACGCAGGAAGAGAAUCCAGAGCCUGAUUACGAAUACGAGCUCUUGGUGUGGCCAGCGCAUGCUGGAUGGUUAAGGAAGACGACUUGGGUCACAACAUGGCCCAUUCAUCUAGUAUUCAUGUGCACAAUUCCCGAUUGUGAGAAGCCACGAUUCAAGAAUUGGUUCCCGAUCACGUUCCUGAUGUGUAUUAUAUGGAUUGGAUCACUCAGCUAUGUAGUAGCGUGGAUGAUCACUAUAAUCGGAGACACGCUGAAGAUACCAGAUUCCGUAAUGGGCAUCACUUUUCUCGCGGCAGGAACUAGCGUACCCGAAGCCGUAUCGAGCGUAAUUGUCGCGAAACAAGGACACGGAUCAAUGGGCAUCAGCAAUUCAAUAGGAUCAAACACGUUCGAUAUACUAUUGUGCCUCGGACUACCCUGGCUGAUCAAGUCGUCCUUCUCGCCCACGCAGCCCGGCAGGCAUUACAUAAGUAUAAAUUCUGGCGGGCUGGAGUACAGCGCGAUAUCAUUGCUGUCGACCCUGAUGUUGCUGUACAUCGCGUUCGCCUCCAACAAGUUUCAGCUCGACACGAAAGUGGGCCGCGCCUGCCUGUGCAUGUACGCCGUGUUCCUCAUAUUGGCGUCGCUGAUCGAGCUCAACGUAUUCUUCAUGGUAAAUCUCCCCACCUGCCAAAGGACGGUGAAAUGAUCGAGGAAACCCGGACGAUGACCCGCUCGUAAUAAUGACGUACGGGCGCGGCCUCGCUCGCAAUCCGCGCCGGAAACGUUCUUUCCCUCCCCCCCCUCCCCUCACCUAAGGACUUACCGAGAGACCCGAGCUUGAGCGAGGGGUGUUUAUUUCCAGCUACACGGGACAGCUCACCGUGUGUACAGUUUUAAUAUCAACAAUGUUAUCGCCACGUUAGAACCAAGA